AUGCAAUAUUCUUCUGAUAAACAAGACAGUAAUUUCCAAUGGAAACCAACUGGUUCAUUUAUAUACGGGGUACUCAUUAAACCGUAUUUGCCCUUGAAAAGACAUCCAGAACUUAUCUAUCAUAGUUCCUACUAUGCAAACCUUUAUCCUGGUGAUGAAAUCUAUAUUUUUGAAGAAACUACUGAUGGUAAAUGGUGCAGGGGUUACCAAUGUUGGAACCCUCUUCCUGAAGAAUAUAUAUCUCUGUCAGCUUCCUUGGGUGAUAAAUUACCAGAUGUAAAGUCAAAAGAAGUCAUCUUCCCAAAGAAGUUUGCCAAAACAUUCCCUGACAGAAAGGUUACAACGAUCGAUACCUUGAAAGUUCCUGGAAAGGAGUAUUUCGACGAAAGGUGUAAAAAAGUAUCAUGUAAAUCUCCCUCAUUAUUAGAAAUAGCUUCUUCUUCAAACGAUAGAACCUAUUGUGAUAUCUCAGUUUUCUCAUUCUCACUACGAAAAACUUCAAAACCACCAUUUCCAUAUUUUAGAUACCAAGAAAGACCCUUUGUUGAUGAAUUGGGCCCACUACUCUCAACUCUUUCGUCACAUAUUUACACUAUGUUUUCAGCAAAUGAGUAUAUGAUAUAUUAUAAAUUAAUCCAAUUAUACCAAGAGCUUGAUAGGAUUAGAUUGAGGUUACGUUUCCAUCUAACUACAGAAAGAGAAAAAAUACGAAUCACUAGAUCAGCAGCAUCGUUUUUGCCUAAGCUUUCUAAGUUCAUCUCUUCAAGAGAUAAAUCUACAAAAUCAGAUGGGUCUCCUUCAAAAUCAAAAUCAGUUUACACUGACCCUAGUGGUUACGAAGGUAUAUUCUCUCGUGAUAUAGAUACAGGCGAGUUAUGUUCGAUCAAAGACUCGAAACUUAAAAUGUUUGUAACAAAUUCGCUGUUAUCAAGUUUUAUGAAUGAUUUUCCUGCUAUGAAUUCCGAGUUACUGGAUAACGAGCCAAAAGAUAGCCAGAAAAUAUUUGAAUAUUCUCCUUCUAAUAUAUUGGUUGAUUUUAAAGAUGUUACAAGUCAUCCCGAUAUCGUAGACCCAAAAUUUAACAAUUUAUCUGCAUUAAUGUAUCUUAGAACUAGAGAUGAAGUCCUAACAGAGCCAUUUACAGUAAGUAUCGAUUUAGAAAAUAUUGUAUCUGUCCAAAACAUUUCAGCUGCUUUAUUCGGUAAUAUUCCACAAUCUAAAAUUGAAAAUAAUAAUGUAUUUUUAGUGGUGGUUCUAAUUGAAGAUGUUCCGGUUGAAAUACCAUUUAAACAACAAGCAGAGUUCAGCACAUCGAUUGAAAACAAUUAUAAUGAACCAGCUGUUUUAAAUUCAGUUAGGAGGGGUGUUGCCACUGGUGUAACUGAUAUAUCAAGAGUUUUUUCGGACAAUGCUGGUGGUCUGGCAACUGGUAUGCCGUAUGCAUUUAAUGUCCGU